UGAAUUUUGUAGAACGACCUCAGAAAGUCACGACGGAGUAACUCAAAGGGAAAGACUUGAAUUUUUGGCUUUGUUUUGUUUUUCUCCUCAUCGAGAAGUAUGGCGGCGUCCUGGUGUUUCGCAGGCUGCUUGCUCGUGCUGUCCCUGGGCGGGCUGCCCUUCUCGCACGCCCGGCGCCAGGGCGACAGAGACCGCCGGGAGCUUGGAUCUUGCCAGCCCAUCAAAAUCCCGCUGUGCACCGGCGUCAAGUACAACCUGACAAUCUCGCCCACCCUCCUGGGCCACACCACCCAAGAAGAGGCGGCUGCCGACCUGCGCCACUUCGACCCCCUGCUGGAGGCCCGGUGCUCGGCGGAUCUCGUGUUCUUCCUGUGCAGCGUCUACGCUCCCGUGUGCACGGUUCUGGAGGAAGCCAUCCCCCCGUGCCGGUCCCUGUGCGAGGAUGCACGUCGGGGAUGCGAAGGCAAUAUAACCGCGACGGGCUUCCGGUGGCCGGAGAGGAUCCGCUGCGAAACGUUCCCGGUGGGCGGAUUGUGCCUGCUGGGCACGGGCCGAACGGGCUAGCAGACCAAAGGAGGCCUCCGUUGUUUUUGUUUAAGCGCAAACAGAUCCCGAAGACAAAAUUCAAUUCAAGUUAAAUACAACUGAACUGCACUUUAGCAGUGAAACUUCCACCUACCACUAGAGGGAACCCUUCUACUCGUGAUCCAUGUACUACAAUUUUGGGAAUCAAUGGACCAUGAUAUUAAAUCAAUUAUGAACAUAGUCGUGUUUAAAAAAAAUCACAUUUAAAAAAAUGUUAGUCUUAAUUAAAUCUUUCGUCUUGUAAUUUAGAGAAUAAAAGUAGGGAUGGAGAAAAAAGUUGUAACAUCACUACAAUAUGCAUUUAGAUGAAAUGAUUUCACUGCAUAUAUGAAUGUGCACGUUGCAAUAAAAGCAUCAUAAGCUGC